AUGUUACUCAAUAAUUUAAAAGACUAUCCGUCCAAUGUCACAACUGUUCAGCAAACAGAAAACGGGUCAGUUGACCAUAAGAAAGUGGUAUAUAAAUUAGGUGAUCAACCCCCACCUUUGGCUACUGAAGAAGUAGAACAAGUAAUUGCCAGUCAAGAUUGUGACAAAAGUGAUAUCGUGUUAGUAGAGUCAGGUGAGUUCUUUGAGGAAGAUCACACUGAUUGCUCUUCGAAAGAACAAGAAUUUGAGUUGGAUCAAGUUACUUGUGAUCAACAAUUGAAUAUAGCUGUUGACGAAGGAGCCUUAGUAUUCGACAACGACCUUCCAUCACCUCCGAUUUCAGUUUAUGAAGAGUUACAUAACGAGAAUACUGGAGAAUUACCAGCAUUUCCUUUGACACCUUCAGUAAUUCCAGAAAAUUGUAUCAAAUCUGAAUUAUUGUCAAAUCACCAACCACAAGCGAUACCUGAAUAUCGUACAGAUACUAAAAUUGGACAAAUUGUAGGUGAAACUCUAGAUAAAAUAAGUGAUAAUUACUUAGUUGAACCAAUUAAUUUUUCUUCAGAUUCCAUCCCAUCUACAAAAAACUUUACAGAGGAAGACGCUGAAAAUUCACUACAAGAGCCUACUGGAGAACAACUAAAUAGUCAAUCCGUUGACUACUUAGAAAAAAGUAUUGAUAUAGAGGUUCGAGUUGAACAGAACGACCUCACUAGUACAUGCGAACUGAAAGACAAAACAAACAUUGAAGAAAAAUCAACAGAAUUGCUUGACUUUGAAGAAGAAUCAAUCAGUUUAUUGAAUCCUGAAAACGAAGCAACCGAAUCAUCUUACGUAGAAAAAGAAUUUCCUACAUUAUCUACCAGUGAGAAACAAGUUAAUAAAUCGUCUGACCUUGACGAAGAAAUAACUAAUCCGGUUUGCAUCGAGGAAGCAAUAAACGAUCCUGGUAAAUCAGAAAAUCCUCAGACUUUUCUACCAUACAGAAAUAAAUCAUCUGUUGAGAUUUCGAAUUCCUUAUCGUCUACUGAAUUUUGUCCAGAAGAAGAAGUAGUAGUAGUAGUGGACGAGCACAGUAGAAAUAGUAGUUCUACAAUUGGCGCUGAACUACUAGACGAAACACAUUCUAGCGCUUUGUUCGUAAAGUCUGUAACAUCGUCAGUACUAACCGAUUCACCAAAUCACUUGACAGAUACUAAUUAUCGAAACUCAUUUGCAUCUAGUGAAGUUGUACCAUCGAAACAUACUUUAUCAAUUGAUUCUCUAAGUGAAUCUGUGAAUAAUACUACAAAUACUAGUAACAAUAACGAUAAUUUAAAAGAAUUAACACUAAACACUUUAAAUUGUGAUACAUCAAUGAGUACUACAGUUGGUGUAUCUGAUAUUACGGCUGAUCAAUCGGAACUCAAUCGGGAAUCAUACAUUUCAUAUCCAUCGUAUGACAUUGACAAUACGCCAGCUCAAAGUUCUUUUGGACAUUUAAAUCAUAUGAAUCAUGGUGAAUAUCAAAACAGAUUAAAUGGUGGAGAAGAUGAAUAUUUACCAGGUGAUAUUAAAGAAAACAUUAGUGGAAAUAAUAAUAGUAAUGAAGAUAUUCCCAUGAACGAUGAUCGAUCAGAGUAUACUAAUAUGAAAACCGAAGAAAGUUAUCACGAUUCUACGUGUCCAUCGCAUUCAGAACAAGAAUUGGAUCAAGACAUUUUGAAAAAUGAACAUGGCAAAAAUGAACUGGUUGCUGAACAAAAUAUGGAAUGUUUAAAUAUUCAAAAUGUUGAAAAUCAACAAAAAUUAUCGUUUAAUCAAAUCAAAGAAGAUUUAGAGAAAAAGAAUGUGAUUGGUUCCCUUCAACCACUACGACCUGAACAAUAUAUUAUGCAUCAUCAAGCUGGUUUGAUUAAACAACAAGAGAUGUUAAUUUUAAAUCCACAAACUGGCGAUGUAUUAAGUGAUCAAUAUUCAUCACAUCAUCAAACAAAUACAAUAACAACAGGUGGCACACAUCACUUCGCUAGAAAUAUAGCAUCGAAUAAUUCUGUGGUAGUUCCUACAGGCGGAAAUGUUAGUGGUCCUCCAGUUGGAUCUGGAACAAUAGCAGGUCAACAGAAAGGUUCUACUGUUUAUCCUAAAACUGGUCAAAAUCCUAUUGAUGGAGGAACAAAUGGAGGUGUUGGUGCUAACAGCAGUGGAAAUGCUGGUGGUGGCCCUGGAAAAAGUGGAGCUUUAGUUGGUGGUGGUUUGGAUAGAUCUCGACAAGUAUAUAAUAUGUUUGAAUGUCAAAUGUCACAACUUACAGUAUUUUUGGAUCGUGCACUUAUAUGUAGACGUAUUAGACCACGUUUCAAUGCAUCGGAUAUUACAGAAGUUGUUUUUGAGCAUUUAUCACCAGCUAUUGAUAAAGAUUCUAUUCGUGUGGAAAUUCGUGGAGCUGCAACUAUUCUAGAUGUGAGCUUUUCAGCAAAAUCAUUAUCUGGUGAAGAGGAUACUUGGUCACAAUGUGUUAAUGAGCUAUUGGUCGAAUUACGCCAAUGUCGUCGUCGUGCAGAUAAUCUAGUCAAUAGAAUUAUCCGUACAGAAAAACAACGUUGUGUUCUUGAAACAUUUGCUGAUAGUUUGUCACGUCGUGAAGAUGAGAUUCUGUUGGGCGGUAAUCAUCACGGUCAUGUGACAUUGAAUAAUUUACCAAAUCAUACAGGUGUUGCAGAUCAAGUAAAUAAUAUCCCGUCACAAGGAGCAACAUUAUCGGGAGGAACAACACCAGCAAAUGCUCAAAUGGCCUCAACGACUGCGGAACAUAAAUGUAUAAAUGAUAUCAUUAAUCCUUAUGAUCCAAGAAAUGUGGAAACGUUGCAUAAAUUUCUUGAAAUUUACAAAGAUGAAGCUGAACGAUUUGAUACAGUUUUAAUGGAUACUACUGAAGAAUUGGAACAAGUUCGCACACGAAUUGAGACAUUGGAAAAAGAAGUUCGUGAUAUAGAAUUAAAGCAAGAUGAACAUUUAGCCAGAGAAUUAAGUGUACUUGUUGAACCAAGAGAAACAGGUCAAGUUGAAAUGCUUGUUUCUUAUGUGGUAAAUCGUUGUGGAUGGAAACCAGCUUAUGAUAUUCGUAUUUUUAACAAUGAUGGAACAAUGAAAAUAGUUUAUUAUGGAAUGGUUCAACAAGCUACUGGUGAAGAUUGGGAAACGCGUUAUAUGACUUUAUCGACUGCACAACCCGGUAUAGGUGGUACAGUUCCACAUUUAGGCGUACAACGAGUACAUUUUCGUAGAGAUCAUUCUCCAGCAAUCCCUAUAUCACGCAGUGCUAUAUCAUCCACAAGUGUAACAACAGGCUACAAUUCCAGUGGAAUGACAUCAACAACAACAUUACCAGCAUCAACAGGACACCAAAUCUCUGGUGCAUCUGCUACAGGAAAAAAUACUCGAUCAUGCACUAAACUAGGUGCAUUUAAACGAUCUAAUCGAACACCAGGAACAAAUUUAAAUGAAAGCGAUCGUGGUGGAUCUAUGGAUAAUGAGCGCGAUGGUAUCACACCAUCUGGAACACUGCAACGUGGUGGUAGUAUUGAAAGUACUUAUGCAACUGGAUUACGUUCCUCUAGCACUAGACCUAUCAGUAGACGUACAUUAGGAUCAAGUAUGUUGUUCAACUCCGUCACUUCUCAGAGUCCUUUGUUAUCAAAUCGAAUUUCUACUUUAAUGAAUUCACAACCUGCACUAUUGCCUACAUCACAACAAUCUGCACCGCCUGUUGGAACAGUUGCAACGAUACAACUGGAGGUCCCACGACCCCCGGCAAUAAUUCGGUGUGAUAACGAACCUAAUCGUGUCACUGUCGGGUUGUUAGAUUUACAACCACGUUAUGAAUACGUAACUGUGCCAAAGCGUUCUUUGUAUGCUUAUUUGAAAGCGACAGCCGUGAACAAUACGGAGUUUUCUAUCUUGGCUGGUCCAACUAACAUAUAUGCUGAUAAUACUUUUAUUGGAAAAUCUGAAAUACGUGCUGUCGCUCCAGGCGAAGAGUUUAAUUGUCACUUAGGCGCUGAGAAUGGUAUAAAAAUACUGUAUCGCCCAUUAUUCAAAUAUCGUGAAGGUACCGGUUCGAGUGGAAAAAAUGCUACAAUGACAUUUAAACAAUUAAUUGAAGUGCGUAAUACAUUUGAUCGUCGUGUACGUCUAAUGGUUGUUGAUCAAGUUCCAGUCAGUGCAGAGGAUAAAAUUAAAGUUAGCCUUUUAGAGCCAACAAUUAAACAUCCAGAAAAAUAUGAUAAAAAUAGACCAAUCAGAAUGAAUAAAUUCAAUAAUGUUGAAUGGGACUUGGAUCUAGGUCCAGGUGAAAUUCGUGAAUUAACACUGAAAUAUUCAGUGGAGCAUCCAAUCAAUGAAGAUUUAGACGUUUCUGUUUCUGAAAACUAA